GGUGUCUCUGGUGGGGGCGGAGCAACUCUCGCCCCGCCCUCCGUACUCACCUGGGCUUAGGAAGUGUCAUGAAAGCAGAGAGAAAGGUGUUGGCCUGAAGGGAUGGCUCAGGAAUUUGGCCAGAGAAUCCUGCUCGACCUGAUCGGUGAUCGGCGCGUAUAUAUCCGAGUGAGCGGAGCCGCAGCGCCGCACAAGCCUUGAGGCAGCCGGCGCGCACGAUCCCCCACCUACGACGACCAACGCAGGCGGAAACGGAGUCCGAACAUGACCCGAGCGAGUAUUUUACCCGACGAAGAGGUCUUUGCUGACUUCAGAAGACAGUGUUUAUCAACCGAGAACUGGCUGAGCAAAUACAACAAAAAUGACAUGCAGGUCUGGAUCGAAAUUCCACCUCCAAAUACCGCUCCAAAAGUACACAAAAUCAGGUGUAAAAUGACAAUCAAAGACGUGUCUGCUGCGACCAUGUAUGAUGUCAUCCACGACGGCGAGUACAGGAAGACGUGGGAUCCCAACAUGUUGGAGAGUUUCGACAUUGCCAGGCUCUCUGAUAAUGCUGAUGUGGGCUAUUAUUCAUGGAACUGUCCAAAGCCGUUAAAAAACAGGGAUGUUGUGACUCUGCGUUCCUGGCAGGUUAAAGAUGACGAGUACAUUAUCAUAAACUUCUCAGUCAAACAUCCGAAACACCCCACUCACAGUAACCUGGUCAGAGCUGUGUCCAUUUUGACUGGCUACUACAUCAAGAACACUGGGCCAAACAGCUGCACCUUUAUCUACCUCUCACAAGCUGACCCCAAAGGCUCCCUUCCAAAGUGGGUGGUCAACAAAGCGUCUCAGGUCCUCGCUCCUCGGGUCUUGAAGAGUGUGCAUAAGGCAGGACAGAAGUAUCCAGAAUGGAAGCGGCAGAACAGACCCAACCAGAAGCCCUGGCUCCACCCAGAACAGAGCACCCUGCCCAAAAUGAACCCUGCUGAGCUUUCAAUACAGAGGGCCGACUCCCUGGAAAACGUGGAUGAAGCCUUCAAGAUGGAUGCUCAAGAAAACGAAGAUAGCAGCUAAAUAAAGAGCGGGAAGGAAAUGUGGCUGGAGUUUGGAAAACUGUAUAUUAAUCACUGAGCCACAACUUUGAAGAUUUGGAGACCGACAGCUCUCUGGGAUGUAGCCUUGAACCAAAUCUGUGCUUAUCCUUGAAUAAACAAGAGCACAGAGUGUUUACAUGUCUCUCUGAAGACAGAAAUAAGCACACAUUUAGUAACCAUUCACCUCAGUCAUGCUGAACUAAGUCAUUUUACAGGGUUAGGGGGGUGGAGUUUAAAGCACUACUAUAAUGAGUCCUCCACCAGGCCAGGCCUUAAGAAACGAAUGAAGAAUUCUGGAGGAAAUAAGUUGUCCACUGCAGAAUGUUUUGUCAUGCAUUUAUGGCAAUCGCAGUGGACCUUUGCUAAAGGAUAAUGGAAGGUUUUAUUUUUACUUCUGUGCCUUCAAAAGAAGGAUUCUUAAAAUAGACAUUUUAUUUUGUUGAACUUAUUUGGCUAGUUGAGCUGUUCAAGCGACAGGAAAUAACUCACGAAUUGAUUGAGAAAGAUAAAUAUUUUCUUUCCCUUCAUGCAUUGUCCUUUGGCUCUCAUUAAUUUCCAACACUGACUCAGAAGAAAUGGAUCUUAUUUACUGUGUAUGAUGUGUGAACACUUGAGCAUUACUGUACCUUAAUGAUUGGUAUUACCAUAAAAGGUAUUUCGUUAUUGUUCUAUUUAUUUUUUAUGAACCAUGAAGAGGUCUGAACGACUGGAUUGGAGCCUUGCUGAGAUUUGUAUUUUUAUGAGGAUGUUGUGUAGUAAUUUUUUUUUUUUAAUAAACCUGACAAGUUUAACUUGUUGUAGCAAU